AUGAGAAAAAUACCAACUAAUGGGAACCUGAAGAUGGCAUACCCACUGGGGCUGUUUGUGUGCCUGUUCAUUUAUGUCGGCUACAUCAAGUGGCACUGGGCCUCUGUCACCCAGGCCUUCUUCAGCAUCACCGAGGUGGCUGUGGGGGCACACAGAGGCCAGCAAGCCCACAGCCCCAUUGGGACAGCAGGGCAUGUUCACACAGUCUUCUACGGGAUAAUGUUCGACGCAGGAAGCACUGGCACCCGCAUACACAUCUUCCAGUUUGCCCAGCAGUCCAGAGAAACUCCCACCUUGAUCCAUGAAACCUUCCGAGCACUGGAGCCAGGUCUUUCUGCAUAUGCUGAUGACAUCGAAAAGAGCACACAAGGGAUUCAGGAAUUGCUGGAUGUGGCUAAACAAGAAAUUCCUUUUGACUUCUGGAAGGUCACGCCUCUGGUCCUCAAGGCAACAGCUGGGUUACGCCUGUUACCAGGAGAAAAGGCUCAGAAGUUACUGCAAAAGGUGGAAGAGGUGUUUAAGGCCUCACCUUUCCUAGUUGGGGAGGACUGUGUAUCCAUCAUGAAUGGAACAGAUGAAGGUGUCUCUGCCUGGAUCACGGUCAACUUCCUGACAGGCACUUUGAAAACCCCCGGAAGGAGCAGUGUGGGCAUGCUGGACUUGGGAGGAGGAUCCACACAGAUUACCUUCCUGCCAAGCAUUGAGGGCACCCUGCAGACCUCUCCAGCUGGCUACAUCACAUCACUGCAGAUGUUUAACAAGACCUACCAGCUGUACUCCUACAGCUACCUGGGGCUUGGACUGAUGUCAGCCCGACUCGCAGUCUUGGGUGGUGUGGAAGGCCAACCUGCUAGGGAUGGAAAGGAGCUAUUCAGCCCUUGUCAGCACCCUGGCUUCAAAGGAGAAUGGGAGCACGCUGAAGUCACAUACAGAAUUUCAGGAGAGAAGGCAGCAGCCAACUCCCAUGAGCUGUGUGCCAACAGAGUGUCAGAAAUCCUUAGAAGCAAAGUGCACAGAACAGAGGAAGUGAAGCACAUGGAUUUCUAUGCCUUCUCCUACUAUUAUGACCUUGCUGCACAAGUCGGCCUUAUUGAUGCUGAAACAGGAGGCAGCUUGGUGGUUGGAGACUUUGAGAAUGCAGCUAAGUAUGUGUGUAGUACAGUAGAAACCCACACACAGAGUAGCCCUUUUGUGUGCAUGGACCUAACCUACAUCAGCUUGCUACUACAAGAACUCGGAUUUCCAAGGAACAAAGUGCUCAAGCUGACACGAAAAAUUGAUGAUGUUGAAACCAGCUGGGCUCUGGGGGCCAUUUUUCACUACAUCGACUCCCUGAGCAGACCCAAGGGUCCCACCAAUGAUUAG